GUUGAGUGUUAAUCAGUGGUUAGAUUCAAACGUCCCGCGUGUCACCAACCAACGGCCGCGCCACCUACGAAUACAAAGAAGUAGUAGCGUAUCGCCAAUAUGUUUAUGCGUCUGUAGAGAUGGAGCUAAUAUUUUCAAUAUAAGGAAAAGGGCCGGCUCGGGACUAGUAUGAGGUUAUAUCCGAAGAUGGGGGAGAACACCAAGCAAGUCCGGGUGGACAAUUGGGGCAUUUUUUUCCUGCAGCGGCUGCAAAUGUUCUUCAGCAAGACGGACUACUGCGACAUGACUCUACAGUUCGAGGGGAACGUGCAGCUGAAAGUGCACCGGCUUGUUAUGAACGCCUGCACGGAAUACUUCCAGUUUCUGGAGCAGACUUGUGCCCUUGAGGAGAACGUUAUCAUGAUGCCUUCGGAUCUGCAAGCCGAUGUGAUUGUGCCCAUUGUUAAUUUUAUGUACACGGGGAUGUUGGAGUUCCACUUGUCGAUCUUCGAUAGGUUGUAUAAAACGGCACAGCUUAUGAAUAUCACCAUUUUGACCAAGUUGUUGGAUGCACAGAAGCAUCCGGUGGCCUCGGCGGUCAAGAGUCUCAAGAAGAAGGCGCCGGACAGCCCCCUGUUCAAUGCACAAGUUAAAAAGCCAACUCCUAGGCCCUCCCCCCACGCGGACCUUCCGGCACCCCUCCCUGGCCGCAAACUCCCAGUUUGGAAACGCAAAACCCUCUCCACACCCUCCCACAGUUCCUCUCCUUUAUCAUACUCCGACACAAAAUGGUCCCCGUCCUCCGACCCCCUUUCCAUCCCUGAUAACACCCCCAAACCCACCAGAUUCGAGUGGCCUGAGGAUGAUCUCCCCCCACUAACUCUCAUGGACACAAGUUUCGAAGAUAUUUCCUACACCAGUAAACCGCUCCUGACUUUGGAGGAAGAUCACAGAGCCAGCACAUCAUUUGAUGACCUUAAACAAAUCCCCGACGCUAAUCGUUCUACUCCCAGUUCGAAGAAAUCAAGCGCUAGCUUGGACAUGGAAGAAAUGAAGAAUUAUGUCAAAGAACAGAAACUUCGUUCGGGGUUGAGUCAGGAUGAGGAGGCCGUGGAUGAUUUGGACGUGGAAGAGAGUGGCGUGAAGAGGAAAGCAGGGGAACAGAAGAAGGGAAUUGUGAAGAAAGUGAGAUUUGAUGAACAGGAGAAUAAGACUACGACGAUUAGUAUUGCGACUGAUGGGAAAGGUACAGGGGAAUUGAACCAUGAGAAGAUUGUGACGGAACUUUUGAAGAAAUAUCCACAGUUGGUCAAGAAGAAUAAGAAUAUCAGGUUGAAGAUUAUGGCGAAGAAUAAAGCCGGUUUAGAGCAAACCAAAGGGGAGAAUAUACAGAUACGGGGGCAGAAAUUGAAGAUGCAGGUCACCGACAUUCAAAAAACCGACCCCCCCAAGUCCCCCAAGCCCCACGACCCCCAACCCGACAACAAACCCCCAUGGAAAUGCGAUCGUUGCAGCACCGACGACGAAUCCGUCGAAUUCGUCCUCUACUACCUAUACAGAAAGCACAUGACCGACGUACAUAACGAAAAAUUCGACCCGAAACUGUGCAAAUACUGCGGCCAUCGAUGCAGCAAACACAACCUACUCAUGUACCACUUGCACACCAAACACGGCAUGAAACCGCCCCCCAACUACAACUUCCCCAAGUGCGACCAAUGUCCGUUCAUCGCCCUCAACACCCACCUACUGGCCAAACACAAACUCAAACACGACAAAAACGAAAUACAAUGUGUUGAGUGCAAACUGACAUUCACCUCGCAGGCGACGCUAACCAGUCACAUCCAAAUCACAGGACACACAGGCAAGACUAGCAAGAACAACUACGAUUGCCAGUAUUGUACCAAGAGAUAUCAGUCGGGAGUCAAUUUGUUCUCACACGUGCGACUACAGCACAGGAAUGAGGCGAUUCGGGACGGGAUUGUGAGCAUUGAAGAAGGGGAAGAUGUGGAGGAUUAUGAAGAAGAAGAGAACAAAGAUGAGUACAUUUUGCCGGAAAUUAUCACCGAUCCGACGGAAACACCCAAAAAAGUCAAUAUUUUAUCGAAUGUGAAGGUGCAAGAACGACACGAGACGCAACAACAACUCGCCCUGGAGCCGAGCUCCGAAGCAGAGGCCUUGAACAACGUCGCCACAGGAAUUGCCACCAGCUUAGGUCUGGUGGAUAUCGUGGUCAUAAACGAAAACCAGCAGUUCUUCAUCGACGACCAGCAGAAUUUCAACAACCAAACGGAACAGCCCGAGUUUAUUCUCCCAGAAUUGUCCCAAAAUCAAAACGAAGUUAUGACCCCGCAAGGGGUCCUAACCCAGUCAAUGCUCUCCUCAGGUGAUAUAACUUCAACUGAUGAGUUAGUUAUGGUUCUAACAGACCACGAUUAUGGCGAUAACCAGGAAGAGAUAACCAAUGAUAAUUCCAACAUUGUGGUUCUGUACAGCCACCCAGUCGAUGGGCAACAAGACCAGUUCAUAACCUCCCAAGGCAACAUCAUGGUUAAUUCACAAACCGGUCUCAUUGAAAUCAGAAAUGGGGCAACAAUUACAUCGACGGCGAGUCAAGUGGUCAUGAACCCGCCCGAAGCACAGAUCGAGUCAAUUGAAAUGAUCCAGAGGGAGAUUGAGAGCCACGGUGGCGAACUGAAGGAGGAAGAAAAACCAAUUGUUGAUGAAGAAAAGGAGAAAGAAGCUGUAGUUCCGCCAAAUGAUGCCCUCAUUGAAAGUUUAACACAAGGGAGCCAACUCGAGUUCACCUCACCUUUGACCAUUGAAGAGCCGGAAAAACCGGUUGAAGAACCGAAGGAGACCGAACAAGAAACAAGUGACAAAAAGGAGGAAGAAACGGAACAACCAGAACCUGCUGACAAACAAAAUGAACAGUUGGAGGUGAAUGAAGAAGAAAAGGGGGGGGAAGAAGAGGUUGCCAAAACGGACGACGUUAAGGAGGAAGAAGAAGAAGAAGAGAUUAGUAAAACUGACGAGAGUAAGGAGGAGGAGGAAGAAGAAUUGGGGAAAACUGACGACAGUAAGGGGGAAGAAGAGGGAGAGCGGGAUGUAGUCCCAGCCCCCACGCCAGAAAAAGGGGAGGAAGAGGUUGAGAAAAAUGAGACGGAGGAAACAGCAGUGCAACUGUUGGAAGAGACAAACACGGAAGCUUGUCCUAUGGAAAUAGAAGAGGAGAAAACAACGCACGAGGAAAAUAAUACAGUGGAGCAGGAGUUGUCACAAAGUGACACGUCCACUAGUCAGUUUAACGACGAAAAUUCCCAGUCUUCGCAAGAUUCGCAAAAUAAGGAUGUAGAAGCGACGAAAAUAUCCAUCUUGGACGAUUGGGAAGAUACUGAUUCGCAACAGUCCGAUAAUAAGGAAAAGGAAAAGGUUGCGGGGGAAACGGUACAUAAAUUGAUGGACGAUUGGGAGGAGGAGGAGGAAGAUGAUAAGAAAGAUAGUGAAGGAUGAAUUUGUAAAUAAGGAUUCACUAUAUUAUUAGAGGUCGUUUAUUUGUAGGAAUUGUCAAGCGUUUUAUCAGUUUACUAUACUUUAUAGUUUUAUUUACAAUAAAUAUAUUUAAAAGAA